AUGCACACCGAAGAACUAGAUAGAACCAGACACAGCAAGAACUUCACGUGUUACCAAUGUCGAAGAAUGGAAAGACACGGUCUUGAUGAAUGUGGUGAGAUAAACUUGAGAUGCAAUGCCUACAAAAAAAUGGGUCAUCCUGCCAGGGUGUGUAAAUCAACUAAGAAACCCCACCGCUGUUCAAACUAAAACAGUAACUGGAAGUCAAGCAAGAAUCCAAAGAGAUCUGACAAGAAAGCACACAACCUGAGAGCAGGAUGGAUUAAUGAAGAAACGAGCUCUGAUGAUGAGAAGGAACCUGUGUAUUCAAGAAACAAACAAGAUAGUUCAGUCCUAGUGAACUUAAACGGAUGGAAGAAAAAAAUGAUAAUGGAUACUGCAUGUAAGUACAACAUCAUUUUCUCUGAAUUGUACAAAUCUCAAUUCAAACAUUAUGAAUUGAAAAAAACCAAAAAGCGAUUUGUUGCUUAUGGACAAAAGGAUGCAUUAAAUUGA